AAGGCGAUCAGAAGUAAUCCUAUUGUUAACGGGCUAACGUCGCGCGGCGUCCAUUCUGUACAACAUAAAAAAACGAAAAAAAAACAAAACUAAAUAAAAAAAGAGGAAAAAAUAUCCCAAAAAAAAAAAAACCUGAAUAAGGAAAAAAACCGAAAGCAAAGUGUGUGCCAAAGGAAAAUUUAAAACAAACACUUGGAAAAGAAAAGAAAAAAAAACACCACAAGGAGAAUAUCAAAGACAAAAGUUGAAUAAAUAAAAAUUGUUUUUAGGCCAGUGUUUUAAUUUAAAGUAGAAAAAUUCCAUAAAAUUUUAAAAUAUGGCUCUACGCUGUGCUGGUCUCUUGCUUAGCAAGGAAUUAUCCUCCUCCCUUCAACAGCAGAUGCGUUCUUUGGGUACUUCAUCUCGCCUUUUUGCCAGCGACUUUUUGAAAAAUUCCCCCAACACUGCCUUGGACAAAUCAUUGUUAAAUCGCUAUCGCAAUCUCAAGACACCCGAUGGUCGCUGUCAGGUUACUUAUUUAUGGGUCGAUGGAACCGGAGAGAAUGUCCGUUUAAAGGAUCGUGUGCUAGAUAAAAUUCCUGCUGGCGUACAAGAUUUGCCCAAGUGGCAAUACGAUGGUAGUUCAACAUAUCAAAGCCAAGGCGAAAAUUCCGACACCGUUUUGGUACCCAGGGCCAUAUACAAGGAUCCCUUUAAGCCGGGCAAAAAUGACAUAAUAGUCAUGUGUGAUACCUAUCUGGCUGAUGGCACCCCCACACCUUCCAACAAACGCCAUGAUCUACAAACAGCCAUUGCCAAAGUCGAGCAUGAGGAGCCCUGGUUUGGCAUUGAGCAGGAAUACACUCUGCUGGAUGUGGAUGGUCGUCCCUUUGGUUGGCCUGCCAAUGGUUUUCCCGCUGCCCAAGGUCCCUAUUACUGUGGUGUGGGUGCCGAUCGUGUGUAUGCUCGCGACUUGGUGGAGGCCCAUACUCUGGCCUGUCUAUACGCUGGCAUUGACUUUGGCGGCACCAAUGCUGAGGUCAUGCCGGCCCAAUGGGAAUUCCAAGUGGGCCCCAGCCUAGGCAUGAAGGCCAGCGAUGACUUAUGGGUCUCCCGCUAUAUCUUGCAACGUAUUGCUGAGGAAUUUGGUGUGGUGGUUACCUUUGAUCCCAAACCUGUGGAUGGUCCAUGGAAUGGAGCUGGCGCUCACACCAAUUUCUCCACAAAGGAUAUGCGUGCCGAUGGCGGCAUGAAAGCCAUUGAGGCCGCCAUUGAAAAGUUGAGCAAACAUCAGGAACGUCACAUCAGAGCCUACGAUCCCAAGGAGGGCAAAGACAAUGAGCGGCGUUUGGUGGGCCGUCUGGAAACCUCAAGUAUUGACAAAUUCUCCUGGGGUGUGGCAAAUCGUGGCGUCAGCGUGCGGAUACCCCAAGGUGUGGCCAAUGCUGGCAAAGGCUAUUUAGAGGAUCGCCGUCCCAGUUCCAAUUGUGAUCCUUAUGCAGUGUGCAAUGCUCUGGUUAGAACAUGCUUGCUAAAUGAAUGAACUAAAUGUUAAAUGUUUUUUUAAAAUUAUUAGUUUAAGUUUUAUAUUUAUAAGCUAAAAAAUGAAUUACUGUGUAUAGAAAAAAAUUCAAUGAUCUGUGCUGAAAUUUUUUUUUUAAAUUAAGCAACAAAUGUUCGUAUAAAAUAUU